CUCUCUCUCUCCCAAACUCUGAGAGGUCAAAUAUUUCUCACUUUUCCCUCCUCUUUUUCUCAGUCUCCGAACUCUUCGUUCAAUCGGUCAAUCGCCAUGGACGCUGGCCCGCCGUACAAUCCCCGGACGGUUGAGGAGGUCUUCAGAGACUUCAAAGGCCGCAGGGCCGGCUUGAUUAAAGCUCUCACUACCGAGGUGAACUUGUUUUUCCAGCAGUGCGAUCCUGAGAAGGAGAAUCUUUGCCUCUAUGGAUUGCCAACCGAGCAGUGGAAAGUUACAUUGCCUGCAGAGGAGGUUCCUCCGGAGAUUCCAGAGCCGGCACUUGGUAUCAACUUUGCCAGGGAUGGGAUGCAAGAAAAGGACUGGUUAUCCUUGGUUGCUGUCCACAGUGAUGCAUGGUUACUUGGAGUGGCCUUUUACUUUGGUGCUAGGUUUCAAUUUGAAAAGACUGAUAGGAAACGCCUCUUUAAUAUGAUAAAUGAGCUUCCAACUAUAUUCGAGAUUGUUACAGGGACAGCCAAGAAACAAGUAAAGGAGAAGUCAACAAAUUCAAAUCAUGGCAGCAACAAACCUAAAUCAAAUUCUAAGAGAGGUUCUGAGUCUCAGGGGAAGUAUGCAAAGGUUAUGCAAGCAAGGGAAGACUAUGAGGAUGGCUCAGAAGAUGAAGAUGAGGAUGAGCAUGGAGAGACACUAUGCGGUGCCUGUGGAGAGAACUAUGCAUCCGAUGAAUUUUGGAUUUGCUGCGAUGUCUGUGAGAAGUGGUUCCACGGCAAAUGUGUGAAGAUCACCCCAGCAAGGGCCGAGCAUAUCAAGCAGUAUAAAUGUCCCUCUUGCAGCAACAAGAGAUCCCGGCCUUGAUGAUUGUGAAUGUGGCAAAUUUCUGUGCUCCCAUGGGCGAGCACUAAUUGUCUAGUAGGUCAGGCUUCCAUAUCUCUUCAUCUCAUUCCUGCAGUUCAGGGAACUUAUGUAGGAUAAUAUCUAGGUUUCCAGUGUUCUUUUUAAAUUUAUCACGUUAGGAUAUUUAUCUUCGAGUUGAAAAUCAUUUCCCCUCUGGACAUUGUGGGACUUCUUGUCCUUCUGCUUGGAACUGAUUGUAGGAUUUGUAGCUGAGACUAAGUACUGUUUUUAAAUGAAUUGGUUCAAUUUAUCA